UCGGCUCAAAGAAAGGCGAAGCACUUCUGCCACGUGUGCAGUCCGUUUCAUGGGGCCCUGCUAGCCCGACGCCACCAUCUGACGGUUCGGUGGUGGUGGGUGCCAUGGGAGUCAGUCCGACGCAGUCCCCUCCCAGUGUGGCACGAGAUCGCGGGGCACGACUGUCUGCGCCAACCUCAGCGGCGGGUAGGCCUCGAAAGCGUGGACAGGCGACAGUGGGGGCCUUGGCUUCUUUACUCGGCCGCACUGACAUUCCUUGGAGCAACACGAGGAGGUCGACGGCGGCUACCACGAAGAGGCAGCCCGGGUUGGGGAGGCGACGCUCGUCCACAUCAUCGGCGAGGGAGGUGCAUGCUGCUGGGUUCGAGCAUCGUGGCGGGUCGGGUGCUGAUGUCGAGGGUGCGGGCGGACGUGGAUCUACAGCGCCCGGUGCACGAGUGUCGACUCACGGAUUGAGGGAGGUUUCACAGAUCCUAGGGGCAGAUGUGUUGGGGCCUCCCAGGACACAGCGACCAAUACCUCGACGAGCAUCACACCUUGAGGGUGAGACCACCGGGGGCGAGGGGUUGGAGAUGAUGCGAGGGAGACGUCGCAUGGACACCCUCUUAGAGGCGUCACGGAGGGAGAUGAGACGGGAUGGCAUCACGGUGGUUGACGACGAUCAGAAUGACAUCGCUGCAGAGGAGGCUGACGGAGAGGAGGACCUGUCGAUACACGAGGCACGCCAGACGAGCUUGGAGCGUGGCGAGCGUGCGGAAGGCGGCAAGCGGCUGUACGACCCGAUGCUGUACAGGCACCUGCCGUCCCACGAGAUUCCAUUGCCUCUGAGUGACGACGACGUCGACGACCCCAGAUCCUCAACAGUUCCUCUGGGCAGCGGUUCGACGCAGGAUUGGAUGGGGAGCCAGCUGUACAGACAUGCAUCGACGCCGACGUACACUGAUUUGCUGGACGGACGGACCCCCGCUGGUUACGACGCUGGACUCGUCGAUCUGAGCUUCGGUCUGAGGUCUGGGAGUGGCGAGGACCUGACGCACACCGUUGGCGUGAACCCGACUUCUCCCACCAAACACACAUCGCCUUCCGUGAGGGUGGCUGGCCCUGCGGAUAGCCGUGGAUUCGUUUCGGCGAGGCGGGUGGCUUUGAGUACAGCAAGUGUGGUUGCGUCGAGGACGAAGACAACUGGAUUGGCAGGCUGCCGAACGAUGCCGCCAAGUGGUACAAUGGACGGAGAAGGGGAUGACGACGAGCGCGCCGCUAUAGAGGUCGUCGACCGUCAGUUUUGGGAUGAUGAACGGCAACGAUUGCGUUCCGCGAACACGUCCAGCAUAACAAGAGGGGUGGCGAGAAUGAGUGUAGGGCCCGAAGACGUAUUUGUGGACUGCUAUGGUGGAGGGGGCGAGGAGAUCGCUUCAGACGACGGCAGUGAUGACAACGACGAAGACGACGAUGGCGAGAUGGAGAUUCGUCCAGUAGGGAGGAAGCGCGGAGGGUCGAGGGCGACAACCAAGGUUAGAGAAUCGCGCACAGGGCGGCAAGGCAAGAAAUGCGCCGAAGAAUCGUCGGUAGGCGACGGAACAAAAAGCAGGGAUUUUUGGACAGUGGAGCAUAUGAUCGCUCUUAUCAGAGCCAAAAGAGACCAGGAUUUGCAUCUGGCCGGCCUGGGGCACAACUACGGACGGAUGAAGACGAAGACAUGGAAGUGGGACGACGUGGAGAAGAGGCUCGUGCAGAUGGGGGUGACGAGUAGGAAGACCGUCGACUGCGGAAAGAAAUGGGACAACCUGUACCAGCAGUUCAAAUCCGUGCACAAGUUGAUGGGAGAAUCCGGAAAGCCUAACUUCUUCACACUAACGUCGGGGGAGAGGAGGGAGAGGGGGUUCAACUUUAGGAUGGAUGAGCGCGUGUAUUCGGAGAAGAAGGCGAUGUCGAGGGCUGAUCACACUAAACACCCCACGAAUCUCGUGGACACGGGUGUGCCGGGAGGUGUUCAAAUGCCUGCCCCGCUUGGCAGGCGAAACGUAUCCGGCGGUAGUGACGGAGGGGGGGAUGGUCAGGACGACGAUCACGGAUCGACGAGGCAUUCGUCGUUGUCUGGCGGUGGUGGUGGCGGGGCCGGCAAACGAAAGAAUGCCAGACAUCAGAUCUUCGAGGCGAUGGCAAACGUCAUGAAGGAGCACGGCUCCGAACAUACUGCCGACUUUCAGGCCGAGGACGUGUCGAUGGUGGAUGCACAAGGGCCGGACGUCAUAAAGCGAUUGGGGUUUGGGUGGGACGGGGUGUCGAGGGAGCAACUGGCCGCUCUGAAGCAAGGCUUGGUUGGUGGUGUCACCGUCACGUUGGCAAGAGCCCCGAAGGCGGGAGGGAUUGUCAUGACGGACGCGUGCGUGUUGAGACAAGUUCCGCCAAUGGUCGGGCACGGGCAGCCACGCCAGUCACUCCCCGCGCAACAGGCGGGGGCUUCAGGGGUGGAAAAAACACCGUCUGCGCAAAAGGUUGACACGACAGCGUGCCGUAGUCCGACGGCGGCGGCGGAUAACACCGCCGGGAGCAGAGUCGCGGAAGCUGCGGAUAACACCGUCGGGAGCAGAGUCACGGAAGCUGCGGAAGAGGGGAGGGUCGACGACAUCCGCCGCGAUGAUGGGAGGAAGGAUGCUAGAGGGGGGGGGGAUGAUGAUGACGACCGUCCAGUUUCAGCAAUGGUGAAAAGAGGGGCUAAAGAGGAUGAUCUCGAAGAGAGGUCGAACUUGUGGAUCGACUACGACGCAUUCUGGGUUUAGGGACCGGGGAAGCCAUUCAGGGAGGCGUUGGGCUCCUUUUUUCAAAUUCCGCGUCAAUAUUGUACUUGGAAGGACAUUGAACUCUUAUUGUGUGUGUGUGUGUGUACUCGCAUGUCCGUGAUUCGUGGCGCAGAGUUGGUUUUGUUGUCUUCCGUGUGGAUGUCUCAUGUAUGGAAUGCGUUAAUAGCGAUCGUCGUGUCCUUCACAUCUCUUGCUUCUGUUAGCGGCCCUUCGUUGGAUGUACGAAAUCUCUGCGUCGUUAUCAUCGCCGGCACCUGUGAAAACGGGAACGACAAAAAAACAAGACGAGAGAAACGAACCUAGCCACGCACUGUCACCACGCAAUUGCUAAAAGAACAAAAUUGAAAUGCUUCG